UACCUGAGCGCUUUGCUGAGGAGGCAAUCCACCUCCGGACUCAAUUACAGUGUACUCCAUGACUUCGACCAAAGCACGUCGCUCUCAUCGCGCUCAAAGACACUCAAUCAUUCCAUUGCACGCCGGCUCGGGAAUCAUGGUCCUCAUCAAAACCUCUCAUCAUCCCAUCCGCCUGAUCCUGGUCUCACUCAUCCAGCACGAAAUUGAAUCACAAAGCUAGGGUUCGGAAAUCCAACGCCGAAGAACCAUUUCCUGCUUAUUGCGCAGAGCUCCUGGUCCUGGACAGUUGGCUAUUGUUCCGCGCGUUGACAAGUCCAAGGCGCGGAGAUGAGAUCGCAAGACGCCACAAAUCGCCGUCAAGCAGCUCGAGCUUCUGCUAAUAAUUCGUGCUACUUUGGCAAUCCUUGCGAUGCCUGCCGUUGGGAAAUCGAGCCAUCUCACGGAAACGUUCUGGACAGGCCUGGACCUUGGAUCUCGGUCAUCAGUAUGGUCCAUCACCACUUUCUCGUCGAAUGGUUCUCCUUCGACCUUCUUUCCAGACCAAGACACGCGGCACCAAGUCCGAUGACGCAUCUUG